CGAUCGUUCUCGAUGCGCGCGCCCUUCCCGCCGGCGGGCGACCAGCCGGCCGCCAUCGAUUCGCUCGUCGGCCGCCUCGGCCGCGGCGAGCGCCGCGUCGUCCUGAAAGGAGCGACGGGCACGGGCAAGACGUUCGUUUUGGCCCACGCGAUCGAACAGUUGGACAAACCGACUCUCGUCUUAGCGCCGAACAAGGUCCUCGCGGCGCAGCUCUAUUCGGAGCUCCGCGAGUUCUUCCCCGACGCCGCCGUGAAAUUCUUCGUGUCCCACUUCGACUACUACCGGCCCGAGAGCUACAAGCUCGCGUCCGACACGUACUCGGAGAAGCGCUCCGCGACGAACGACCGGAUCGACGCGCUCCGCCACGACGCGACGCGAUCCCUAAACGAGCGGCGCGACACGAUCGUCGUCGCGACGGUGUCGUGCAUCUACGGGUUGGGCAUGCCCGAGGAGUACCUGUCGUCGGCGCUGCUCGUCCACCCGGGCCAGUCCUGGACGGGUCGAAGCGAGCUCGAGGCCGCGAUGCUCGCGCUCCGCUACGGCGCGGACGGCGCGGACCGCGGCGGCUUCGCGUGGACCGACGACGGCGCGGCGCUGUCCGUGGGCCUGGUCACGGAGCCCGCGACGCUCAAAAUCAGCGUCGAGGCCGGCGACGACGCGCUGCUCGUGUCCGACGUGUCGAUCGUAGCCGACGACGCGAGGUCCGUCGACGAGUACGUGUUGUACCCCGCGUCGCACUACGUGGCGACGGCCGAGGAGAUCGAGCGCGUCGCCCAAGCCGUGCUCGAGGAACUCGACGACGACCUCGCGGCGUUCCGCGCCGCGGGGCGGUUCCGCGAGGCGCGGCGCCUCGAGCAGCGCGUCUUAGCCGACGUCGACGACAUGCGGCGGCGCGGGUUCUGCCCGGGUAUGGAGAACUACGCGCGCCACGUGUCGCGGCGCGCGGCGGGCGAGGCGCCCGCGACGCUGGUGGACUUCUUCCCGGACGACGACUGGCUCCUCGUCGUCGACGAGGCCCACGUCGCCGUGCCCCAGCUCCGCGGCAUGCACGCGGGCGACCGCGCGCGCAAGACGUCGCUCGUCGAGAACGGCUUCCGCCUCAAGUCCGCGCUGGACAACCGGCCGCUGACGGACGCGGAGUUCUGGGCCAAGGUCCCCCAGUGCGUCUUCGCGACGGCGACGCCGAACGCGGACGUCUUCGACAUGUGCGGCGACGACGCCGUGACGUCGCUGAUCGUGCGUCCCACGGGCGUCGUCGACCCCGUCGUGUCCGUCGUCGACGCCGCCGCCGCCGGCGGGCUCGAGGACCACCUCCUCGCGCGCGUCGCCGCGGCCGCGGCCGCGGGCGACCGCGCGCUCGUGACGACGCUGACGAAAGCGUCGGCCGAGGGCAUCGCGGACCUGCUCACGGAGAACGGCGUCGCCGCGACGUAUUUGCACAGCGGCCUCGACUCCGGUAAGCGUUUGGACGCGCUCCGGCGCCUCAAGGCGGGCGAGCUCCAGGCGCUCGUGGGAUGCAACCUGCUGCGCGAGGGUCUGGACCUGCCGAUGGUGUCGCUCGUCGCCGUCGUCGGCGCGGAGAAGCAGGGGUUCCUGCGGUCGGCGACGUCGCUGAUCCAGACCAUCGGCCGCGCCGCGCGCCACGUCGACGGCCGCGUGCUGCUCUACACGGACGACGGGACCGUCAGCGACGCGAUGCGCGAGGCCAUCGACGAGACGAACUACCGGCGCGCCGUCCAGCUCGACCACAACGCGCGGCACGACGUCGUGCCCGUCGGCGCGGGCCGGAACAAGUCCGCGGAGAACACGGAGAUCCUCGACCUCCUCGGCCCGUCGAAGCCCGAAGGCGGUACCUACGCGCCCGACUUCGCCGAUCCCGUCGACGCCGCGCUCUACGACGCGCUCCGCGACUGGCGGAAGCUCACCGCGGCGUCGCUGGGGAAGCGGCCCUUCAUGGUGCUCAACCAGAAGACGUUGGAGAACGUCGUCCAGCUGCGGCCGGCCAACGAGUCCGCGCUCCUCGCGGUCCACGGCAUCGGGCCCAAGAAGUCCGCGCGCUACGGCGACGCGGUGCUGGCCAUCGUGAACGGGACGUAUAGCUAA